CAAAACCAAACAUGAAAACACCAGACCAGGCGGCCGCCCUCAUCCAGGCACGAUGGAAGGGCCGCCAGUACCGUGCCCAACGCCGCCGCUACGUUGAAUUGAUCACAAAGCUACAAGCACGACAACGCGGUCGGGCCGUUCGGCGCGAGUUCAUUCCCUUUCGUGCAUUUCGACGAGAACAGUAUGCAUUCGAAGUUGAGAGCAAGGCGAGGCGCGCACGCAUCUGGCAGCACCAACAGCAGCUUCUAUACAUGGAGUCCAUGUCACCAGUGCAAUACGAUCGUCUCAUGGCCCUCCAACGGCAGCGGGCAGCUCGUCUCAUCCAGCGGCGGUGGAAAGAGUACACCCUCUCCGCACAAUAUCCGCGCAGUAUGAGUGUGCACCACAUACAUGCUUGGGACACAGACGAUGGCACCGCCGAUUUUGACGACAAUGCCUUAUACAACUCGAUGGAUUGCACACCAUCUCUACCAUCAAAAGCAAUCGAUCCCGUGGUGUUCCUGUCGAAGAAGCAAGCGAUCCAUCAGCGUGUACAAGAUGCCGUCCGUACCUUCUCCGCGAAACAUCCAUGGAAAAUACCUAUCCAGGGAGAUACCAAGACUGCGUCCGACACUGCCAGACGCGCCACGUACGAAAAGCUCCAAAGAGAAACUGCAAACUGGGCAAGCCGGCUCCAAGAGCAUUGCACGGCGCUCCGUCAACCAAAACUAGCCACCGACGCAAGCGUUGCCGCCGCGUUGGCGCGAUGUGAAGUCAGACUCCAAAAGCUGUUGGCCCCAUCGCAGUUACCAUCCAUAUCAAACUCUGGUGAAGAUGGCGGAGGCACGAUGCCGUUUCUUCCAAAGGACCGUCCGAGACGAGACGCCGCCGUGGCCGCGCACAAGGCAGUUGUACACUCGAUCGAAGAAGCGUCGAAAGCAUCCUACUACAUGCCAGUGGGAGGUCGAAUGCACGAUAUGCGGCAAAUUCGACCCCCGCCGCCGUGGGAAAUUCAAGGUCACGACAAAAUAUGGACGUGGCCUCACUCGUUUCGAGUCACCGUAAACACCGUCGACGACGAGGCUCCCAUCAAGGGCGACGACUCGGACAACCCCAUCGAUCAAUUUCUGACCCGCUCCGCAGCUUCCCGAGCCACGGAAGACCCACUGCACCAGGGCAAACGCAACUCCCGUGACAUGCAAAUCGAAAUGGACCACCUGUGGCUGCAUUACGCGGAAGCCACGUCGUUGCCGCCGUCGGCGAUGCUUGCAAACGUGACCAGCGUCAUGACGACGCACCCGAGUCUACUGGCAUGCCAACGGGCAAGCGGGAAAACGGGUGGGCAGGACGAUGUGUUUGGACUGUCCUUUGACGCAAUCGUACGGUCGAAAACGAAGCACCUCGUCGCGGACAUCACCAACCAAAUCACGUUCAACACGCAGCUUCGGCUCGUCGAAGACCAUACGAAGAACGCAGUGGCCAAGGCACGCACACCGAUGGCCACCAAGGAAGACGACGACAUGGAGCUGAUCGGGGGCGUCGACUAUGGCCGAUUGAGGCGACACCACAUGGCAACGAGGAUUCAAAGGCGUGUGCGUGGAAACAAAGGUCGCGCGGAGGCCCAGGAAAUUCGAGCCAAGUACUUUGUUCAAGUCAAGGGCCGCGCCGUUCGCAAAGGACUGUGCGAAGAGUGCGGCGACGUGCGAGCAGUCCUCCAGUGCGACGAGUGCCAAGAAACAUCUCAUUUUUGCCCACAAUGCUGGGUUCAAGUCCACAGCACGCGGCGACGCAAAACGCACGUGCCGAAACCCAUGGCGAUCGAAUCGACCGCACCGAAACCGUCGACUCGAUGUGUUCAAGAACCUGUUGGACCUGUGGCGAUUGCAAGACAAACUGCUGCGCCGUCCCGCCACGUGCAGCCCAAUCCAGAGAUUGAGGAUAUCUUGAGCGCCGCGCUGGCACUGCCAGGAACGCAGGAGCCGUUGAACAUGCAGCCAAAUUCAGUGCAACCACUAAUCUCCGAUGCGACUGUACCCUCCCAAAGUCGACAGCGCAUGGGAGCGCAAGUGACACCAUUCGAGCUGCAGCCAGAGGGCACCCGUUCAACAUCUCGCCAUCCCUCGACGGUUGUUGUCGCGGCGGACGUCAUGCUGCUUGAUCUUGUGCACCAAGCUGCCAACGAAGCGGCCCCGCCAGUGGAUGAUUCAUAAAGAACAACUUGCUCAAACGACGGCA